GUAUGGUACAUCAUCAUGAUGUCCUUGGGUCUGUUCGGCGUUUGGGUCGUCAAAACGACAUAUGGUCGUACUUACCACUCACGCUCUGCCUCCUCGCCUGACUCACCCGGCGUCUCCAUCCUUCGUCCUCUUAAAGGUCUUGACGUUGAGAUGGACGCAUGUCUCGAAUCAGCCUUCCUACAAGAUUACCCUCGUGACAAGUUUGAGGUUAUUCUGUCUGUCGCAGAUGCCAGGGAUCCCGCCGUCACCGUCGCCAAAGAUGUCAUCGAGCGUCACCCGGAGGUGAAUGCACGCUUGAUUAUCGGUGGUGAAGACGUCGGUCCGAAUCCCAAGAUCAACAACCUCAUUAGAUCUUACGAAAGCGCAAAGUUUGACAUCCUCUGGGUUCUUGACUCGAAUGUCUGGGUGAGCCCAGGUACCCUUGGACGUUCCGUCGAUGCCUUCGCUUCGAGCCCACGUAUUCAGUUGGUGCAUCACCUCCCUGUCUGUGUAUCCUCGGAUGCGCCUGAGGACUCGACGUGGGGUGCAAGGUUGGAAGAGAACUACAUGUCGUGUGCACACGCCAAGAUGUACUCCGCCAUCAACAAAGUCGCCAUUGCACCCUGCGUAAUGGGCAAAUCAAACCUGUUCCGUCGGUCGGAUUUGAAUAGGGUCGCGCCGGGUGGGUUGACAGAUUUCGCUCAGUUCAUUGCUGAGGAUCAUCUUAUUGCCGAUGCACUUUGGACAAAGGGUGGCGGACGCACGGUAUUGACUGAAGAUUGCGCUCGUCAGCCGGUACGGGGAACAAGUGCUACUACGUACUUCUUGCGAAGAGUACGAUGGAUUCGGGUGAGGAAGUUCAUGGUGACUGCGGCUACAUUGGUGGAGCCCAUCACGGAGUCUCUGCUCUGUGCGGCUAUAGGAGCCUUCGCUCUUCGCACCUUCUACGGCAUCUCUUUCCUCUUCACGUACGUUGCGACCUUAGCUGUGUGGUGCGCUUCGGACUACGUUCAGUUCCGUGCCCUUCACUCUUGUGCGAACGUCGAGUAUUCGCCAUACACCCCGGCGUUCGCUAGGGGUAACCUGAACAUGGGCCCUGGGUGGUUUGUUACAUGGAUUGUUCGGGAGCUAACUGCGGUUCCGGUUUGGAUUACUGCAAUGGCGGGCCAGGGUGUUACGUGGAGAGAUAGGUUGUUUAGGAUUAAGGUUGAUAUGACCGUGGAGGAGAUCAGACCUUUGGAUGCCAGAGAAUGGAGGGCUUAA